AUGGCCAGAGACUUCGAUGACACGCCCGAGCAAGCAGUGCUGCUCAAGGCCUUCGAGCGCGAACGCGAUGAAGAGAUGCGCGAAGUGAUAAGAGCAGAAGGAGAAGAAGGAAACGAAAGAGAAGACUUUAUACACGCCAAUGGUGGUGCCAAUGCCCACCUCCCCGACUCGUACAGGUCCGGAAUACGAGAAUACGACGAUGAACGCGAUCAACACGAUCAUCCUCACGAUGUACGAAGCACAAAUACACACAAGAACGAACAGCACAGCUUCAGGCUGAGGCUCUUGCUGUUGUUGCGGUCUAUCGUCGGCCUUACCUGGCUUCGCGCCAUCCCUGCGACAACUAGAAGGCUCGGUGUGAGAGGGACUGUGCGGUCUGUGUUCAAUUAUAUCGAACCUGAGUCUCAACCUCGGAGUACAGCAUGGCUGGAUGGACUGCGUGGACUGGCGGCGUUUGAAGUCUUCAUCUUCCACUAUAAUGAUGGCUGGGUCGACCGGACAUUGGCGUGGGGUCAUGAGGAGCACAUGAGUACCGCUUGGUACUACCUCCCGUUCAUUCGGACGAUAUACGCCAGUGGCGACUCGGCCGUGUGCUUGUUCUUUGCAAUCAGUGGGUAUGUGUUGAGUUACCGGAUGUUGAGGUUGAUGAGACAGCAGAGGUACGAGGAGCUGCUGCAAGGGUUGUCAUCGGCGGUCUUCAGGAGGGCGAUUCGACUGUACACACCAGUGUUGGUGGAAACGUUUGCGUUGAUGGUGUUGUGUCGAUGGUUCAAUCUGCCUAAGCCAGUGCAUUAUGAGGCGGCGCCAACGUUCGGGGCGGAGCUUGCGAGUUGGUUCAAGAGUUUUGGCCACCUACUGUUGCCGUUGCGGUAUCCGGAUCGAUGGGACCAGAUCCAGGAUCGGUAUGAUGGUGGAAUCUCGUGGACGAUACCGUUGGAGUAUUAUGGGAGUCUGUAUGUGUAUAUGAUUGUGCUGCUGGUGUCGAGGACGGGGAGUAUUGUGAUUAGGAGGUGUCUCAUCUUUGGACUUGUAAUGUUGAGCUUUGGAAAGGACGAUUGGAUUGCUGCGCAGUUCUUGAUGGGAAUGGCGUUUGCGGACUACCAGCUGGAACGGGAGGAGAGAGUGAAUCUGCCAAAAGAUGCAACUAGACCUGCUGGUGGAAGAUGGAGCAGGAUACGGCCGGCGUUCUUCUUUGGCCUAUUUCUGUUCGGCUUCUACCUUUCUGGCAUGCCAGGGGGAUACAUGUACUCUGAAUAUGAGGGCGACAUCAGGGUCAAGCCAAGGCCGUUCUUCGACUGGUUCGUGCAACCAAUCGCUUGGACAGGUGUGUAUCCUGACCGUCAGAUGGACCGCAACAUAUUGUGCUUCGCCACGAUGUGCUCCAUCGCCGGCAUUGGCGAGACACCGGUCCUGAAAAAGCUCCUGGAGACUCGACCGGUGCAGUAUCUGGGAAGAAUAUCCUUUGGACUCUACCUCUGUCACAUCUUCUUGCGGGCAUGGAUGCAGCCUUGGCACGAUGCGUCUCUGCUCAUGUUCGGGUACGAUCUGGAGACAUCCUGGAAAGAUCGAGCAGGAGGCUUGAGGUUGAUGUGUGCAUAUCUGGUGAUGAUGGUACCUUCCACAGUCCUGAACUUGAUCGUUGGAGGACUGUUCGAGCGGUAUCUCGAUAAGCCGUCCGUCUAUGCUGGCAAGACAUUCGAGAAGUGGUGUCUGUCGUUUGGCACGGGUGCUGAUCCUAUACGGCCUGCCUUCGUGGGCGCUAUCGCGAUCGGUGACCUCGUCAAGUCAACCCUCGGACCCAAGGGACAAGACAAGAUCCUGCAAAGUGCUUCGACCGGCGAGAUCAUGGUGACAAACGACGGCGCAACGAUCCUCAAGAGUGUCGCUUUGGACAAUGCAGCAGCAAAAGUCCUGGUGAACAUCUCGAAAGUGCAGGACGAUGAAGUAGGAGACGGCACAACGAGUGUGGCAGUGCUGGCAGCAGAACUGCUAAGAGAGGCAGAAAUACUUGUCAACCAGAAGAUCCACCCACAGACGAUCAUCGAAGGAUACCGGAUAGCCAGCAACGCAGCGCUGAAGGUGCUCGAAGAGAGUGCGACGGAUCACAGCUCAAACCCUGAGGCAUUUAGACGGGACUUGAUCGCGAUUGCACGGACAACACUGAGCUCGAAGGUUCUGAGCCAGGACAGAGAAUAUUUCGCAGAGCUGGCAACCGAUGCUGUUCUUCGCAUGAAGGGCUCGACGGACCUCACGCAUAUUCAGAUCAUCAAGAAGGCUGGUGGCAAGCUCUCCGACUCAUAUCUCGACCCUGGCUUCAUUCUGGACAAGAAGUUCGGUACAGGCCAGCCCAAACGAGUGGAGAAUGCCAAAAUCUUGGUCGCAAACACCUCUAUGGAUACAGACAAGGUCAAGAUAUUCGGAGCGAGGGUCAAGGUCGAGAGCACAGGCAAGCUGGCAGAGCUCGAGAAGGCAGAGCGGGAGAAAAUGAAGGCCAAGGUCGAGAAGAUCAAGUCACAUGGCAUCAACUGCUUCGUCAACCGACAACUCAUCUACAACUGGCCAGAGCAGCUCUUCUCAGAUGCAGGCAUCGCUUCGAUCGAGCACGCAGACUUCGAUGGUGUGGAGAGAUUAGCACUCGUUACGGGAGCCGAGAUCACCAGCACAUUCGACCACCCAGAACACGUCAAGCUGGGACACUGCGAUUUGAUCGAAGAGGUCAUCAUCGGCGAGGACGCACUCAUCCGAUUCUCUGGUGUAGCAGCAGGUCGGGCAUGCACAGUCGUCCUUCGAGGGUCAUCGGAACAACUUCUCGAUGAGGCAGAGCGAAGUUUACACGAUGCUCUUGCCGUGCUUUCACAAACGGUCAAGACACCCAAGACAACUCUUGGUGGUGGCUGCGCAGAAAUGCUCAUGUCCAAGGCAGUCGAUCAGGCAGCACAAAACGUUGCAGGCAAGAAGGCGCUCGCGGUCGACAGCUUUGCCAAGGCUCUCCGCCAACUACCUACCAUCCUCGCCGACAACGCUGGUCUCGACUCCGCAGAUCUCGUCGCACGGUUACGGAAGGCAGUCUACUCCGGCAUGUCGUCAAGCGGUCUCGACCUUAUGCUACCCGGAGGUGGCAUCGCGGAUAUGCGCGAGCUCGGCGUAGUCGAGAGCUACAAGCUCAAGCGCGCUGUUGUCUCAUCCGCAAGUGAAGCCGCCGAGCUUCUGCUGAGAGUCGACAACAUCAUCCGCGCGGCACCCAGACAGCGUGAGCGUAUGUAG